AUGGGUAAUGAAAAAGCUCGCAAGGUUUACGAGUAUUCACUUCCUGAUCACUUCCGUCGAUCGAUGUCUGAUCAUCAAAUGGAGCAAUUUAUACGUGCUAAAUAUGAACAGAAAAGGUAUAUCAUGCCAAAUUUUGUUUAUCCCCGAGUAGACGUUGAGGAUUUGCCAAAACCGGGUCAGCCUAUCACAAAACACAAAGACAGUUCUGCUUCAGCUUCACUUACAUCG